CUGUACCUCUGCCUUUUGGUCUUUUUCUUCUCCAGUUUCCAGGUUGGACCAGUGAUGCCAAUGGAACGCUGCAGGACCAACAGAUUUCAGGUUAUACUUUUGGGCCCCAUCAUUAUGGCUGGCCUGGUCACUAUGGACAGCCAAGUGUUGCAUGAACUUGAGAAGGACCCAUCCUACUGGGAUGCAAAAGCAAAGGCAACACUAGAUGCUGCGCUGAAACUCUGUCCUCGAGAACACCGGGCUAAAAAUGUUAUUCUGUUUCUUGGUGAUGGGAUGGGCGUAUCCACGGUUUCAGCAGCACGUAUCCUGCGAGGUCAGAAUGAGGGCGGGUCAGGUGAAGAAACAAUGCUGGCCAUGGACACCUUCCCAUAUGUUGCCUUCUCUAAGACCUACAGUGUGGAUAAGCAGGUUGCAGACAGCGCCAGCACUGCCACAGCCUAUCACUGUGGUGUGAAGGCCAACGCCAAGACACUGGGACUCAGUGCUAAAGCAGUGGCUUAUGAGUGCAACACUACUUUUGGCAAUGAGGUCUACUCAGUGCUACGACGUGCUAAAGCCCAAGGUAAAUCAGUGGGUAUAGUGACCACCACACGUGUCCAGCAUGCCUCGCCAGCUGCAGCCUACGCCCACUCUGUCAGCCGCAGCUGGUACAGUGACGCAGAUCUUCCAUCCAGUGCUCAAAGACAUGGCUGUGUGGAUAUUGCCACCCAACUGGUGACCAACUUCGACAUUGAUGUGAUUCUAGGUGGAGGCAGGAUGUACAUGACACCAAAAGGCACUCCAGAUCCUGAGUAUCCUACCUCUAGUUCUCGCAAGGGAAACCGCAAAGACAAGAAAAACCUUAUUGAUGUGUGGUUGAAUGCUAAACCGAACAAGAAAUCAUUCUAUGUCUGGCAUAAGAAGGAGUUUGAUGAGAUAAAUGUGAAAACUACAGAUCGUCUUAUGGGCCUUUUUGAACCCAAGGACAUGAGAUUCGACAUUUUCCGAAAUAUAACACGAGAUCCGUCCAUUGUGGAGAUGACCGAAAAAGCCAUUCAUAUCCUCAGGAAGAAUCCAAAAGGAUACUUCUUGUUUGUGGAAGGAGGGAGAAUUGACCAUGGCCACCAUGAUGGCAUCGCUAACCUGGCACUAACUGAAGCUGAGAUGUUUGAUCGUGCCAUUGAGCGGGCUGCGCAGAUCACCAGGGAAUCUGACACACUGACAGUGGUAACUGCGGACCACUCUCAUGUCUUUACCUUUGGUGGUAACACACCUCGUGGGAACCCGAUUUUUGGUCUGGCGCCAAAGAAUGCCGAUGACGAAAUGCCUUUCACCAGCAUCCUUUAUGCCAAUGGCCCCGGUUAUGUACAUGUAAAUGGAACCAGAGCAAACAUCUCAACGGUGGAUUACUUGGAUCAGGAGUACAUGCAGCAGGCAGCUGUCCCAUUAGAUGCAGAGACACAUGGGGGAGAAGAUGUAGCCAUCUACGCCAAAGGUCCAAUGGCUCACCUGUUUCAUGGAGUGAAGGAGCAGAACUACAUAGCACACGUAAUGGCUUACGCUGCCUGUUUGGAACCAUACAAAAACUGCCCUCCUCACCAUCACAGCCAUUCCUCAGCUGUGUGUUCAAACAGACAUUUAGGCCUUUUGCUCAGCAUGCUUGUCCUUCUCUGUUUUUUAAGAUGACCUACACACACACACACACACACACACACACACAAAUAAGCAGACAUUUAUACUGUUAAAUUUAUUUGCAUGCAGUAAAGCAAAGACUAUGGACUAAGUGCUCCCAGUUAAACAAACAAACAAACAUGUCCGUUCUGUUAUUGGUCUAGAAAAUCAAAAUGCACAGACAAACAUUAAUAGUACUGUAUUUAUUACCAGAAGACUCCUUGCAUCACCUGGUAUUAAUCCACACAUUAUUGUGUCUUGAAAUACAAUUCAAAUGCAAGUUAAAGCAUGCAAGUGCUAACUCAUCUCAGCUGCUUAGCAAUAAAAAGGCUAGCACUGACAGCUUGUACACUUGCAAAUAUGCAAAGAUUAACUGUUAUUCCUUUGUAAACAGUUUUCCAAGAGAGACAAUUUAAGAGUAACUCAUUCAACUUUCCAAUUAAACAAUGUACAACUUCAAAGAGACUACAGACUUGCACUGACUUGUAAAUUCAUCAUUUAGUAAGAUGUUUUCACAGUUCUUUAUUCUAUGUCACAGAUUCACAUGAAGUGAAAAUUUUCUGUGUUCAUAAAAUGUAAGUUUUCCCCUGAAUAACUUGAAGCCAACAACCACGCUUGGCGCCCAUUUUGCUGUGUCUGGACUCUAUAGGUGCCAAAAAGGUGUUUUUAUCUUCUUUAUAUUAGAAAUCUACCGGCUUCCAGCUAUAGAUGAUUUUGAUUCAGUUGUUACAACAUAUUACAAUUGUUUUUAUUGUAAAUAAAUAUAAUUUGUUUGCAAAUUGUUAAUGUAUUUUUAUACUGUUCUGAAAAUGCUUCUGAAAAUGUAUCAAAUGUAUGAAACAUUACUUUUA